AUGAGUCGGGAGAGCAGUAAUGAUUCACCUUCCGGCAGUAGUAAGGCACUAUAUUCUUGUUAUGAUGAUGAGAGUGAGAAUGGAAUUAGUGAUAGGAGAAAAAGGCAUAAAGUAGAGAAUAGUCAUGGGUCGUCCACUACAAAGAAUGAGAUCAAGGAUGAGGAUUUGGAAAAGAUUAAUCCUCAGAGUCAUUAUUAUUCCAAUUCUAGUGUGGGAUUUGAUUAUAUACGCGAAAGAGUAAGGAAUCACAAGGAUGAAAUUGACCGUCUACGCAAGGCAAACACUAACAUCUUAUUGUCCUGCCACAAAAAACUCCACUUAGUUAUUGACCUAGAUCACACCCUGCUAAAUACCACCAGUCUCUCCGAUAUGUCGCCGGAAGAAGAAUAUUUGAAGACCCAAACAGACUAUUGUUUGCAGAAUAUCGAUGCUUUCAAAUACGAGUUACCUCCCAAACAUAAGAUGACCAAGCUGAGGCCCUUUGUCAGAACCUUUCUAAAGGAAGCCAGCAACAUGUUUGACAUGUACAUAUACACAGCUGGUUCACGUCCUUACGCAUUGAAAAUGGUUGAGCUCCUCGGAAAAGACUACUUCGGGUCUAGGGUUAUAUCUCGUGAUGAUUUUAAUGAUAGCUCCAAAAUGAAGUGUCUAGAACUUAUGCAUGGCAAAGAGUCUGCUGUUUUGAUCCUUGAUGACAACAUGGAUGCAUGGACAAGGGAAAAUCAGAGCAACCUGAUACUAAUGCGAAAGUAUCUAUUCUUUAAAUCCAAAUCGGCCGCCUAUAAUCGAAAUUUCAAGACUCUUUCUGAAUUGAAAACUGAUGAGAUUGAUGAGUUGUCUCAAUAA